CGCCCACACUUCCAUUCCCACACCCUCACACUCCCACACACAGUCCCACUGUCCCACACCCCCAAACCAGACCAGACCUAGAUCCAUUUCGCCGGCGGCGGGUGGCUCGCCGGCGAUGGGGCAGGUCCUCCCGGUCCCUGGAGCCAGGGAACCUCCGGCGCCGGCCCUCCCCAACCACCUCAUCGAGGAGGUCCUCGUCCGCAUCGCCACUCCCCGCGACCUCGUCCGCGCCUCCGCCGCGUGCGCCUCCUUCCGCCGCACCGUCGCCGACGCCUCGUUCCUCCGCCGCUACCGCACCCUCCACCGGCCGCUGCUCCUCGGCAUUCUCAGCCCAUGGGGCUUACUGCCCGCCGAAGCGCCCCACCCCAACGCACACGUCGCCGACGCGCUCUCCCGCGACACCUACUUCUCCCCCGAUCACCUCCCUCCCCGCGGACGCCCCGGCUGGUUACGCUCGGAUUCCCGCGACGGCCGCGUCCUCCGGAUGUUCUAUGAACCUAAGGACGGCACCGUCCUCCCGGAACUCCUCGUGGCCGACCCCUUGACGCGGGGUUACACGCUGCUGCCUCCCAUACCCGAGAGCCUAGUAGCCUCCCUCCUUGGUCCUGUCUGCCCCAAGCUUGUUGGGGAUUUUGAUGCCUUCUUCGUCCCUUCCGGAGACUACGAGGAGGAACACUUUAGGGUGAUUGGCUGGACGCGCGACGAAGCAAUGGCCGUGGCAUUUGUCUACUCUUCGCUUUCUGGCACCUGGACUGCUGGUACUAGAGCCUUUUGGGGUGAACUAGGCCUGAACGUGUGCCCAGAAGAAGGCAUGCUGCUACUGGCGGAUCGGUGGCCCAGUUAUGCGUAUGGGUGCUUCUACUGGAAAGUGUUUGAGAGCAACAAGUUUCUCAAGCUUGAUGUUAACAGGAUGGAGUUCUUAGCUGUUCGCCUCUCACCUAACCAUGAAAAACAACAGGUUAUUGUUGCUGAGGCUGGUGAAGGAAGGAUUGGGAUAGUCAGUCUCACUUUUGGUCGAGAAAUAACCCAGUCUCUGCGCUACUCCAUUAGACAAAAUGAGGGUGAGAUUGCCAAUAAGCAUCCAGUGGAGACUACAAUCCCGCUGCCUAGUGAUUAUGAUGAGUAUUGGGUUGUUGCUGCGGCAGAAGGAUAUAUUUUCCUACUAGGCGCACGAUACAUCUCCCAAGGAGGCACAUCUACUCACUGUGUAGGAAGUUCAGAGUUUCUCACACUUGAGAUCAAGACAUUGAAGAUUGAGAGGGUCUGUUCAGCACGUGGUGGUGUAUGUGGCCAUAUCAUUCCAUACUUUGGGUUCCCACCAUUCAUGUCACUGAGGAGGAUAUGAAGCGAUCAAUCCGUCCCUGCCCUAGGUGCUAGACUGUCAAUUACUUAUAAAGGCAAAUAUGCAAUAUUGCUUUGCUUAUCACAAGUAAGAUAACAGGCCUAGAUGUUAGUUAUGCCAAAUGAUUUUUCGCUUCAUAGUUCAUUCUAUUAUCUUAAUUUGUCAUUUUGUUCAAAUGGAUCGGAAUCCAUGUAGCUACUGGCCAAUGAGAGAGGCUGAUACUAUCCCAAUCCAAAGCCUCCUCCCAAGAAUUCGAUCCACGAGAAAAAGGUAGGGCAUUUACACCAGGUGGAGGGUAGCAUGUACUUGCCCUUUCAGUUUUUCUAAUGAACACUUUCCUCAGAAUACACGUACCUAUUGCUUUAUGUGUUAUUGUUGGAGAUUUGGAUCAUAAUUAUAUGUAGUUAAUGUCUUGACAACAAGGACUAUUUGCUUCCUUUUUGACAUAAUAGAGCUACAUCAUUUUAUAACUUUUCUAUGUUAACUGGACGAGAGAGUACUGUGUACCUGCAUAUAGUUGGAGGUUGGCUGCAAGUAAAUUUGUUGGAGCCACACCAUUUUUUAUAUGUUUUCUUCCUUCAUGCAAAUCUUGAUGACGUGAAUUAUGUGGACCAUGAUGUCUGGUACAUUUGCUAAUAUUUUCAUGUCAAUGAAGAGCGUAGUUUGGCGCUCUCAUUCA